AGGGAACAUGAUUAGCACUUUGCUCACUCAAGCCGAACCUCCCUCACAUCUUCAAGGUACUAUGACAACGUCUAUGCAAGUUAUCAACUGAAUCGAGAAUGGGAUGUCGAACUUCCACCUUCGCACGCACGAACGUAGUACAAACAUGCCCAAACACUUCAUAAAGGGCUGCUGAAUCUUAUCGAAGUCCGUAAGAUCGUCGCCUCUAUUUCUACUCUUCUCCCUUAGGCCUUAUCCUUUGCCAUACGUAUCACAGAACAUUCAAUAUUCAAAGCUCACUGCAUACGCGAAGCCUUGCUGACCCCUGCGCAAGUUCUGGAGACCCAGGGCUUGCGUGUGCCGUACUCAGUUCGAGCGCUGGGAGAGUGCAUUGACAAGGAUUUACGCCACAUCUGAUUCCUUCUCAAUUCACUUUUCGCAUCGCAGCGCGUCAAGCUCGCGGUUGACGUACAUAGUGUGGAAUAAUGGUCCCAGUGCCAGCCAGGUACACUCAAGGGCCGAAGAGGAGGAGACGGGGGCGACUUACUAUGCCGCCAAAACAAAGACGGAAUCGGGUCGUACUGGAUGAAGGCGACAUUCCGAUGAAACAGUUCAAAGCAUUAAAGGUGGUCCAAGCUGCUUGCCUUCCUGUGAAACGUGAUGAGAAGGAGCGGCCUUAUUAUACUUACUUCUACCCCGGCGAUGAUUCGUGUUUGUGUAUAUGUAGCGUGAUCGUUAAGUCUGAGGAUAGCGCUACAGAGAAUGAAUGGGUGGCGAAGAUUGAGGAGAUUCGGAUGCAAACCGAAGGACCCUACUUCCUCGUAUCUUGGUACUUCUCUGCCCACGACAUCGUCGAGCGCAUCAAGGCUUCUUAUUGCCAGGACGACACUUCGGAUUUCUGUCAUCGCUUGGUGUCGUCUGAACAUAACAAGAUUCUUGACUUCUUGGCGAAACAGACUAACACUAAUGAGAGGUAUUUGUCGAAUGAGAAGCGGACUCUCUGGUGGGAAACGAUGCUAGAGGUGAUAAGCGUGCUUCACUAUGAUGAAAGUAGUCUGGAUCCUCCGCAGUUCACUGAAGAAGACUUCUUCACACGUCGUAGUUUCGACCUUACGACGACGCUACUGAGCCCGGGUCUCGAUGAAAACGCAUGCACUCUCUGCCACGAAGGCUACGACCCAUUCCCUCUCGAGACACUUUCCGGUAGAGAUUCAGACUCGGGAUACUCCAGGAGCCCAGACACCAACAACUACGACCCACUACACUUCUGUCCCAAUCCUACCUGUCGGAAGUGGUACCACCGUCAAUGUCUCCUCGCGGAACAUACAGAGCAUCCUUUCACACCUUUCAUCGGUGCCAGGCCUAUCCGACUCCUCGCAGUAGACCCCGACGCCCCAGAACCACAUUUCGAACUAGCCAGGUUCACCUACCCAGUGCCCCCUCGUGGAAAGUUCUCGCAAAUGACUCUCGACGCCGAACCACGCUGGGACUCCGUUCUCAAGAAACUCACUCAUCUACCACCCGGACUCGUACGUAUCGCACAACAACCUAUCGUCAAACGAGCCGGAGAAGGGACGGACAGUGUCUUCGGGAAUUUGAAAGACGUUGUUUUGGCUAGGAGGAUUUGUUAUCAAGAGUUGGAAGGAGGGGUGGAGAAUGUGGUGGAUGAGGUGACGACGUUGUUUGCGUUGCUUGAUGGUGAAGAUGGUGAAGAGGCGUGGAGACAAAUUUGGCAUACGCUCGACACGAGGAUGCGGCCUCUUGCGAGUCCUUAUACGCCAUACUGGGAUAACCUCCUCUUGAAUGGCAUCCCUGAUGAUGCGAGCUUUCCGACUGUGACGUGCCCCAGUUGCCAAAGUGCUAUAUGAUUUUUCUAAAUCAGAUUGUAACUAUGUCUGUCUUGUAUUUCUUGCUGUGUUGUUGCUUUCUUGGUUUGCCUUCUUGGUUUUAUAUGUCGAAUAUGUGAUCUCACCUUUGUAUAGUAUGUGCUCAUGUUGAUAUCGCUGUGAAAUGUCCCCCACCCCCACUCCCAUUGUGUAAUUUUUUAACCAUGUACAUUACUAUGACCACAUCUACGCGCCCUACAUGCUAUGUCGACUUCCCAUCUCCUCC